AUGUUGAAACAGAAGGCCAACUAUGAGAAGAAGCUGAGUUCGGAUGUUCAGCACGAGUGCAAAUACACAGCAUAUGGCUUCGCACCUGCAGUACAAUAUUGGGCGUACGAGGCCAUUUUGGAGGUUGGGAAGAGGUAUGGCACGAACCACGGGAUUCGGUUCCCUAGGAUUCUUAGCUGGACGAGCAAAGGCGAUAUUGGGAAGAAAGACAACCUGGUUGAUGAUGUUGUGGAUGACACAGAGGCUGAGGCAGGUAGUCAGGUACCAGAGACUCAGGUCCCAGACACUCAGGAAAGAGACACUCAGCGGUUCGAACCUCAGCCCAGUGCACCAUCUUCAUCAGGCGUUCGGGGUGCCGAGUACACUGAUUUAGUGGCUCGGUUGGAUAGGAUCGAGGCUGACACUCAGGGUCUGUAUGCUGCUCAUGUCGAGCUGAAGAAGGCAUACGAGACCAGCCAUGUAGAGCUGAAGGGUGGUCAGAACGUAAUUAUGGAGCAGCUCAGACACAUAUUGGCCAUGUUGAAUCGUCCGCCAACGACGGCUUCAGCACCGGAGGCCCCAGCAAAUCCAUCUACCCCACCACCAGCUGCUUCACCCCCAGUAGAAGAGGAUGAGGUCUUCCCCGACGAUUACGACCCUUAUGAGGGAGCUCCAGCGACUCCGAUCGAGGCACAACCUCUUAUCCAUGUACAUGACACCGAGUCGCAGGGUGAGAUUCUGUCCAUAGAGGCACAACCUGCAGUGGUUAAGAGUCGGAAGAGGAAGAGAAAGCCUCCUGUAUGGUUCGGUGACUAUACGGAGAUGAAGAGGAGACAUAGGCCAUCUUCGACUUUUGAUCCCCUGGAGCCACCGGAUGAGAAAUUGUUAACCACUUUCUGAAAGUGGUGUGUUGGACUCAUUCCGAACCACCGACUUCGGGAUUUGAGAAGUGGUGAUUACGGUCCAGGAUUCUUUUGGAUAAUGCUCACACCAAAAGAAUGGCUUACAGAUGACCAUAUAGAUGCAGCAAUGCAUAUGCUGAGGAGGCGACGCACCGACUAUCCACUGACAUUUCCUCAGAAGGGUAUCAUUCUCUCCACAUUCGUGACCGCCAUGAUCAGCAGUGCAUGGACGAGCCACAAGGGUCCGAGGAAAAACUUUAAAUGGGAGGAUUAUAUCCUGGACUACUGCAGAGGGGUUCAUAAGGUAUUGUUUUAGUAAGAUUUUAAAUGUUAAUUGUUUGGGAAGAUUAUUAUGGUUUGUUAAUUGUUUCGUUGUUCUCUGUAAUUACAGUCCCAAGUCUUUGAGAGAUGGAGGGGUAACGAGUUUAUUUACUUCGUUCUGAACCUUCCCGAGGCAAGGCACUGGGUCACAGUAGAAGUCGACAUAGAGCUGUGGAAAAUUAAUGUCUACGACUGUGAUUCCAGCGUCUGUCAUUGGACCGCCUUGGAACCCAUCCUGAAGGUUUGGGCAGAACUGCUGCCCUCGCUAAUCCUUGCAACUGGGGAAUUUCCACAUAACAACCAGAUCACGGCGUUAGCUAACUGUGACAUCACGGUGCUUCCAAAAAUGCACGCGACUCGAGCCACUCACGACUUAGUUCCGAAGUCAGCAACCAGGUACAUAGCGAUAAAAAAGUAUUGUAGUAUUAAAAUAUGUUUUACGUUAGACUGACUUUACAUUUUAUUUUGCAUUUAGUGGUGAUUGUGGCGUCUAUUGCAUUGAGUAUGUGGAGCAUCUCAUGAUGCAGCGUGGAUUGACCGAUGUGACGCCAGACCGGAUAGCUAUGUUUCGUCAAUGGUGGUGUGUCGAUUUAUUUUACCAAAAUGUCGGCUGAUUAUAUGUGUAAUUAUUGGGACAUUGCAUAUUUUGUGUAAUUAACAUUACAGUUAUGUAUAUAUAGAUUUUCUUUUCGUUCAAAUUUUGAUAAUUAUUCGUGGUUUCAAAUAUAAAAUAUCAACAUUAUUCAACAAAAAUAACUAUUAAACCUAAAAAUAAUUAAAAUAUUUGAAAAAUAUUCAACCUCAACAAAAAUAACUAUGACAAAAUAUGCAUCAUUACAAUAUAUCAAAUUUCCCAACGAAUACGUACAAGACGCCUCAGAUGCGGGCUUUGCAUGUUGCUCUGUUGUGGCCUGAACUGCCACAGCGGCUGCAGUUUCGUGGUACAGAACCUUUUUUAUCACCAGACGGGAAACGGUUCUCCCGUCUUCUUCCAGCGUUGCUUUUUCUUGGACGACCUACAGGCUUCUUUUCCACAGGUACCCCAACUUUCAUAUUCUUGAUGUGUUCUGGGAGAACCCAAUCAUCCUCGUCACCAGCAAGAUUGAUGGUAUCAUCGUAAAUCUUCCUCCACGUUUCUUUUGAAUAAUAAGGUGAGCAAAGCGUGUACACACUUGUGUUCGUUUUCAAUGCCGCGGCACAUGCAUGAAGGCAAGGGAGUUUCAAUAACGUG